GGGCGGUGGGGCACAGGCACCACAGCUGCCCUAGGCACCCAUUGUCCGUCUGCAUCCCGCUGCCCACUGCUGCCCAACGAGGAUGGAGGCCAUCAAGAAGAAGAUGCAGAUGCUGAAGCUGGACAAGGAGAACGCCCUGGACCGGGCAGAGCAGGCAGAGGCUGAGCAGAAGCAGGCGGAGGAGAGGAGCAAGCAGCUGGAGGAUGAACUAGCUGCCAUGCAGAAGAAGCUAAAGGGGACAGAGGAUGAACUGGACAAAUACUCCGAGGCCCUGAAGGACGCCCAGGAGAAGCUGGAGCUGGCAGAGAAGAAGGCGGCAGACGCUGAGGCUGAGGUGGCAUCUUUGAAUCGCCGGAUCCAGCUGGUGGAGGAGGAGUUGGACCGAGCUCAGGAGCGCCUUGCCACAGCUCUGCAGAAGCUGGAAGAGGCAGAGAAGGCAGCAGAUGAGAGUGAAAGAGGCAUGAAAGUCAUUGAAAACAGAGCUCUGAAGGAUGAGGAGAAGAUGGAACUGCAGGAGAUCCAGCUCAAGGAAGCCAAGCACAUUGCAGAGGAGGCAGACAGGAAGUAUGAGGAGGUUGCUCGGAAGCUGGUGAUCAUUGAGGGGGAUCUGGAGCGCACUGAGGAGAGAGCUGAGCUCGCAGAGUCUCAUUGCCGGGAGCUGCGGGAGCAGAUCAGAGUGAUGGACCAGAACUUGAAGUGUCUGUCUGUUGCCGAAGAAAAGUACUCUCAAAAAGAGGAUAAAUAUGAAGAAGAGAUCAAGAUUCUGACUGAUAAACUCAAAGAGGCAGAGACCCGUGCUGAGUUUGCUGAACGCUCUGUAGCCAAGCUGGAGAAGACCAUUGAUGAUCUGGAAGAUAAACUGAAAUCCACCAAAGAGGAGCAUCUCUGCACGCAAAGAAUGCUGGACCAGACCCUGCUAGACCUGAAUGAGAUGUAAAGGAUCCCUGCCACUGCCUGUGCCAUGCGGUGCCAGCCCAGCUGCUGCUGCCCUCUAACCCUGGCACCAGAGUUUACUUUCUGUUGCCAACCUGACCAAACACAAAUCUCCUUAGUUCCAGGGUUAAAGGCCACCAGGUUGGGCAGAGCUUCAAACAGCAUCAUUAAGGGAAGUAAACAAUGCAAUAAUGUUUGGAGAGCAUGUUUGAGAUGUACACAUUUUGUAACUACCUUUUUUUGUAGCGACCAUUACAAACAUUCCAAAUAACGUGUGAGGCUGGUGAGCUACACUUCAGAGCUCUUGGCUUUAGAAUUUGGUAUUAAUCUUCUGUGAAUUGGCUCUGGGCCACCCUGCUUUGGCAGGGCAGGAAACAGAUAUGAUGGUUCUGGCUGUGAGUCAGAGUAGCCGGGCUAGGGUGACAGCCUGUUGAGAGAACUUCCUUUUCCAGGAGCUGUUUGCCAAAAGCACAGUUCAGUUUUCAGCUUUAAGGUAGCUCUAUGUUGGAAAGGAGCAACUUGGGUGAAAGGUGUCCUCUUUUGGGGGUUGUUUUUUUUUUUUUUUCUUAAGCCAAGCCAGUCAUCUGAACAAUUGAACCUUCACAGGGAUUGUGUCCCUUCCCCUCCACACCUGAAGGGCUUAGAGAAGCCACUGUCCCUGUAACCCAUUGCUACCCUGGAGCUGACUUUGCCUUCACUAAGUGCUGAUGCACCAAGCUUCACUGCUCAUCACUGGGUUACACUUAACAACUUAAGUACAGCAGCCUUGUGUCCUUGGAGAAGUGUUUUUGCCUACCUGGAGGGAGGGAGCCAAGCCUUCCCUCCUGCCCAGGACUGCUCUUAUUGUCUUAAUUGAUUCCAAGCCAUCUCUGUGUGCAUUGCUGAUGUGUUGUGUUGUGAGGUGUGAGUGUGGCACUGCCAUGCUCGCAGUAACUUGUGGUUGGAGCAUGCUGCCUGGUUGUAGCAGUUUUUGGGGCCAAUCUGGAGACAAAAAAACAUAUCCAGUGUUUUGAUACUAAAUUGAAAAAUUGUGUUACUGUCUUUUGAAAUAAAAACUGAUCCCUCCACA